AUGACUUUGAAGAAUAGUAGGGAAAGUGAAUCGCUAUUACUCUUCUUAUGUAAUAGGUUAAAUGAUUAUUUAUCAAUAUCAAAUAAACCUUCAUUAUUAUGUGAAACUUAUACAAAUAAACAAAUUAUUCAUAUACAAAAUUCUAUAUCAAUAGAGAUACCAUUUUCAUUAAAACAAUAUACAACACUUUAUUAUAUUAUUAUAAUUACUAUGAUUAUUAUAACAUGGUUAGAUAAUGUAAAAGCAAAACCAUAUUAUAAAUCAUUUCUAUAUACUACUGAACAGAAUCCUCCUCCUCCUCCACCACCACCACCUCCUCCUUCUCAUCCUCCUCCUCCUCCUCAUCAUCAUCAUUAUGAGGAGAAUAGUAAUCAUAAUAAAGAUCAUUGGAAUAUUAUUGAACCAUGGGAACCCCUUAAAAAACCAAUAGAGAAUUCAUUGAAUCAAUACAAUCAUAAUCAUUAUAAACAUAAUGAAUGGAAUAAUAUAAGAUUACAAUAUCAAUCACAUAAAUUAUAUCUUUUAAAUAAUGAUGGAGCAAAAUGUAAUGAUGGUUCAUCAGCUGGUUAUUAUUAUCGUCCAGCAAAAUAUACAACAGUAAAUAGAUGGAUAAUAUUUCUUGAAGGGGGUUGGUAUUGUUUUGAUGAAGAAACAUGUAUUCUACGUGAAUCUAAUGCAUUUUCAUUAUUCUCAUCAAAAUUUUGGCCAAAAAUUCGUUCACUUGGUGGAAUACUUUCAUCUGAUUCAAAUGCAAAUCCAAAUUAUCAUGAAUAUCAUAGUGUUUUCAUUCCAUAUUGUUCAAGUGAUUUAUGGACUGGAAAAAUGGCUAAUCGUAGUGGAGAUUUCUAUUUUCAUGGAUCACGUAUACUGGCAGCUGUUAUUGAUAAUAUACCAUGGCAAAAUGCAGCCUAUACAGAGAAAGUUAUAUUUGCUGGUUCUAGUGCUGGAGGAAUUGGUGUACUUAUGAAUAUUGAUAGAUUAAGUAGAAAAUUAUUUAAUCGUAUUGGAUAUCCUGUAUUAGUUAGUGGAAUAAUAGAUUCAUCAUGGUUUAUUCAUAUUCCUGCUUAUCAAGAAAGUAAAUGUAUUAAUGCAUUUGAAUGUCCACCAGAAGAAGGUAUUCAUCGAGGAAUGAAAUUUUGGAAUCCCAGAAUACCGAAACCAUGUCGUAAAUCUCAUCCAAAAGGAGAAAAAUGGAAAUGUUAUUUGGCACCGUUUAUGUAUCCACAUUUAAAAACUCCAGUUUAUAUUGUUCAAAGUUUAUUCGAUGAAGCACAAAUGCAAAUGUCUAAAGUCCCAUUACUUACCGGUGGAACAUAUUCAAAAUGGGUAUAUAUACAAAAUUUAGGUAAAGAAGUAGCACGUAGUCUUCAGGCAGCUGGAGGUGUAUUUGCUCCAUCAUGUUUAGAUCAUGAGAUUUUAACGAAAAAUAAUUGGGUGCAUAAAAUGAUUGGAACAAUAAGUUUAGUGAAUGCAAUCAAAUCAUGGGAUAAUGAAUUAGAAAAACAUUGGGUAAAACAAAAAUUAUUAUAUUUCUCAAUUCAUUACCCAAAUAUUUUACUUAAAGCUCAACAAUCAAAUACAAAUAAUCAUCAAGAAUCUGAACAUAAAGAAAGUGUUACUAAGAUAACAUCCAAAACAACCACCGCCGCCACCACCACCACCAUGACAACAACAACAACAACAUCUAAUUCAACACUAAUCUUUUUAUCUCGUCUUGUUAAUUUACUUAAUCAAUAUCCUAAAAGAUAUAAACGUAGUUUUAUUAAUUUUAAUGAUUAUACUAUAUUAAAAUCUUAUCCAUAUGCAUUAACAAUGACUAGACCAAAUCAAAAAAAAUUCUCACAAUUAAUAAAACAAUAUAAAAAAAAACCACGAAAACAUAUUAAUUCAAUAUUUGGUCAAUAUUCAAAUUCAUUUAUGUAUCAUAUUAUUGAUUCAUGUGGUUUAUUUUCAAUUGAUGGUAUCCAUGGUGCUUAUUUAUGUAAAAAUAUGUUAAAUGAUACAUUGAUGAGUAAUGAUAAAAAUAUAACCUAUACAAAACAAUUUAUAAAUCAUUCAUUAAAAUAUAUUCCAGUUAUUGAUCAUUUAAUUCCACAAUGUAAUCCAACAUGUGGUUAUUUAUCUAAUCCACAACGUAUGAAAUUAAUUGAUGUAUUAGCAUUAUAUGAAGUGAAUACAGAUUUAUUAGCUAAUUUAUUAGGUAUAUCUAUAUCAACUCUUAGAAAUUAUAAUUCAGAACAACAAAUGCGUGCUUUAUUUUGUAAUAAUCAUAAUAAUAAUAAUAAUAGUAAUAGAGUGAAACGUAAUUUAAGUCGAUUAAUAUUACCACAACUUACUGUACAAUAG